AUGGAUGGAAAGCCUCCGCCAUAUCUGGCGUUGAGCUAUUGCUGGGGAACAAAAGCCCCCUCUCUCAUCACGACCAAGAGUAAUUACGCCCACCUGAAGUCGUCCAUCUCGUACGGUUCCCUGCCGAAGGCAUAUCAGGAUACCGUUCGCAUUGCGCAGGUUUUGGGCAUAAAGUACGUCUGGAUCGACGCGCUCUGCAUCAUCCAAGAUGAUGUGGAGGACUGGGAGAAGGAGUCUCAAAUGAUGGCGGAGAUCUUUCGAAACUCUCUCGUCACCGUCAUACCGCUCCGUGCAGCAUCAACAGACGACGGG